GUGCAGAGGACACACACAACAGCAGCAGUGAUGAUGUCAGCGUCACACAGGAUGAUGAUUGGUCGACUCACCCAGCCCUGCUGCGUGAUGAUUGGUCUGCUGCUGUUGUGGCCCCUCCCCGCGGCAUGGGGCUUCUCCAGACUGUGUUCAGACCUGAGUCUGCGGUCUGCCUUCUCUGCUGUCCGCUCCAGCUCCAUGGAGGGAGGAGGGGAGCACCUGGCCGUCACCUUUGACCAGGUGACUGUGGACGUGGGUGGAGACUUCCAGAAGGACACGGGCCUGUUCACCUGCAGGGUCCCAGGAGCCUACUACUUCAGCUUCACUGUGGGCAAGUUCCCUCACAAGGAGCUCUCCGUUAUGUUGAUGAAGAACCGAAAUGAGGUGCAGACCAUCGUGUACGACGAAGACAACACAGACGAGCGCAAGAUGCAGAGCCAGAGUGUGAUGUUGCAGCUUGACUUCGGAGACACAGUUUGGCUGCGUCUCCAUGGCGACCCACGUUACGCACUGUACAGUAACACAGCGCACUACACCACCUUCAGCGGGUACCUGAUUUACCCCAGCCUGUACCCGGGGCUGUCAACUGACUAUGACACUCCACAGGCCAAUGAGCUGGACCCUAGCCCCACCCUGAGGACAGAAGACACUCAGAGGACAGAGGACACUGAGAGGACAGGGAGGACAGGGGACAGUCAGGAUGCACACAGACAGAGGGCAGCAGAGAGCAGAGAGAGCACAGAGCACAGCCUCAAGAGCUCAGAGGAGGAGGAGCCAGAGGAAGACCCCCGCAGCGCCUUCUCUGUAGGACGCACCCAGAGCAUCGUAGGAGUAACCAGGGCGGGUCUUCCACACCACCGUCCAAUCAGCUUCGACUCUGAAUUCGUGAACAUAGGCGGGGACUUUAACAUUACGUCCGGUGUGUUCCUGUGCCGCGUGCCAGGCGUUUACUACUUCUCCUUUAACGCGGGCAAGCUGCCGGAGAAAAGGCUGUCGGUGAAGCUGAUGAAGAACCAGAUGGAGGUGCAGACCAUGAUCUAUGACGACAGCCGCGGGCAGAGGGCGCUGCAGAGUCAGAGCCUCAUGCUGUCACUGCGACGCGGAGACAGUGUGUGGCUGUACUCGCACCAGAGCCAGGGCUUCGGAGCGUACAGUAACCACGCCAAGUACAUCAACUUCAGCGGCUUCCUGGUGUACCCCGACCCAGCCAACAGGAGGCGUUAGUCUUAUCAGCUCUCAACAUCUCAGCACAGAAAAAUUCUCCAUAGCUGUGUCCGAAUGUCCACCCUUGCCCCUGACCCAUCAUUCACUACAUGAAAAAAAGUCAAAACUCCAAUAUAACCGGAUUAUUUUAUUUACAAUUAACCUAAGUAUUUAUGGAUUAAUAACCUUACCAGUUUUUGUCAAGCUGGAUCUCACAUAAAUGGACUGGAUUGUCUGAGAUGAAGAAAUGAUCAAUUAUUUAACACCUCAAGCUAAAGCUGCUAACGCUAACAACACAGCAACGGUUUAUUUAAGUGAUGUAUUCAUAAUCAGGGAUCAACAGUGCAAUAAACCAGCGCUUCAUCUGCUUCAUUCAGUCGUGUUGUGUCCAGUUAAAGACCUGUGCUUGUCCGCUGGUGUUUUUGUGACUGUCCCAAUGCAUUGUGGUCUAUAUUGACCGGUCUAGUGAUCACCGAUGCCCACUUCUUUUCAAGGUGCAUUGCGCAUUGGGAAAUUGUGAGUGCACUAUUUUUUCACUCCCUGGACAUUCGGACACGAGUAAAAAUGGCAUGACCCCUAAAUAGUGCCCUUAGUAGGGAAUAGUGUGGACGUUCGGACACAGCCCGACCCUGAGAAGAAGGAAUGUGUCAUAAGAGAAAAGAGAAAUGAGGAAAUGACUGAAGGACCCUUAACUUGAGUAAAUCGCUGUCUCCUAAACUGUGCACACUGUAACCAUGAAUCUGAAUCUUCCACUCAUCAACGUGACCUCUGAAUGUACGAGUCCUGCAGGGUGUGCUGAGGCUGAGGUGUUUGGCUCAAAGGCACAGGGGCACAGGGUAGAGCAGAGCAGGGCCAGGGCUUUGCUUCAGCUCAUUGUCUCUCAUCUACACACUGGCCAGAAAGUCCAAUAACUGCAUAUUGCAAUGAUAACAGGAGUAUAUUGUGUAAACUCAGAUAAUGGCGGUUAAGGUUACACAAGGAGUACUACUGCAUGUGAACACCUUACUGCACAAGAUUACUGCACUUGACAAAAAACAGACUGCUGGAAAAUAAUACCAAUGUUUAGAAGCUUACUUGCACAUUUUAGACCAGCAAAGACACAAAUUAUGAUCCCUUCACAACAAAACUCCUCCACAAUGGACUAUUAGCGUUUAGAGAGGCAAGUAGCCUUCCAUCUUCUUUAUUCUGGGCCAGGUCAUGGGGCAAUAGUCUACGAAGGGAUGCCCAGGCUUCCAUCUCCACUGAGGGAUCCCAAAGUAUUCCCAGGUCAGCAUGUCCUGGCUGGAUCUCCUGCUGGCGUUGGGGGAUAUGCCCAUAACGUCUCUCCAGCGACGUGUACAGGAGGCUUCCAAAACAGAUGCCUGAUCCAUCAGCUGGCUCCUCUCGACGUGGAGGAGCAGCAGCUCUACUCUGAUCUCCUGAGCCCCUAACUCUAACAGUAAAGGAGUGCAAAGUAGAAUGAUUUUGUAUGCUAAAUACUAAACCUCAUGACGAACCUAAACCCCUCAUAGCGCUGCGUCCUCCUCAGUAUUGGACUUUCUGACCUGCAUGUGAACAGAAAGCCCACAGUAAACGUACAGCUCUUCAGAUCAAUGUGAUGCGUCCCAGCUCCUUCCCUCCAGUCCCAGCUCCUUCCCUUGAGUCUUGGCUCUGUGGAUGACCAAUCAGAGAGUGACAACAGCAGCACGGUCCAAGCACAACAGACAGCACCAUGCACACGCCUCAGGUCCAGCUGGACAGACUGGUGUAGCACAGGCCCUGAUGGAGCUUUCCACAGCAUAUGUUUCUACAGUUUCUGCAAAUAUGGGAACAGGGCUGUGGGAACAUAGGUAACACAGGUGACUUAAAGACACUGUACCUGAUUUUUACCAUCUUAAAAAUGUGAAAAACAGAACUAUUUCAUUUUAAACAGUUUGUAAAAUUACUCCUCACUUACCUUAUGCAUUCUAAGCAUCUUAAUUAUUCACCAGGAUGAGUUUAUAAGCCCUUCUCACAACUCUCAGAGACCAAAGAGGAGCCUAUACAAUAUAUCUGUACUGGGGCAAGACACAAUUUGCUCAAAUACGUGGAAGAAAAAUCAGGUGCAGCCUUUAAGCUCCUGUUCCAGACUGUAUAAACCAAAUCCAAGUCUGGAAAACAGAAGUGUGUUGGUUCAUUUGAAGAAACAUACAAAUCAAUGGACUGGACUGCAACCAACUCACUCUACCUGCUCCACUGACAUAACAAUAAGUACUUUAUAAAGAAACAGAUUGAGCUGGAGGACAGGUCAGACUUCUAUGGCGGAAUAGGAUGGUAACUGUCAAAAUGGGUUUGUUUAUGAUUACUGGGUCUAUGCACGUGAAACAAAAGAAGUCCUGUGCUUCUCAAACUUGUUAUCCAAUUUGAAUCCAGCUUGGAAUUCUGAAAUGAGCUUCCAAGUAGGAAUUUCCAAGUUGGAAGGGUGUUCCAGUAUGUCAGGGAACCAGAAUACACACUUCUCUAAUACUUUAUGAAGGUAUGAGUCCAGUUAUGUUGAAUCUCCCUGACUUUAGAUGGACGUGAUUGACAGGUGGAUUAGCGAAUCAGGGACACACAUGGUCCAUCUGUAUCAAAACAAAUAUGGCUGCUUACGAGGAACAAAAAGAGGAACAAAAUAUCACAGGGGACUGGAAAAACACUGCGGAUUCCAGCAGAAUCAAUGAGAAUCUCCUUGCGUCACUGAAAUAAACUGGCUCGAGGCAGAAAGAUAUCAUUUUGGAUUUGCCAGAUAAGGGAUUUCUAACUUGGAUCCAGCUUUUGACUCUGAAAUCAUAAAUAAGUUUCCAAGUAGAAAUUCUGAAUUGGAAGGGUGCUCCAGUAUGAACGCAUAAGCCAGACUCAGAGGAAAACUGAAACGCAGAAUAUGUACCACCAGGACAUUGUAGCCUAUUUUUUGAUUCACCCAUAUCGCCCCCUGCCCUCCAUCUGAAAUGAGAAGACAUCACAUUCUCUAUAAUGUCAGCACAACCUAUUAAAAUGUGUCUCUUAAUAGAAUUCAUAAAUGCACAUUAACUUUCACCAUUCAGAGUUAUCAUAAAGAGCACAACACGCAAGCAUGUUUUUAUUUUAUGACAACCCCCACAACGGUAGCUGUAUCGGAUGUUUAAAGUGCAUAUGACAGGUUAAACGACCCUUUUCACUAAACAGAGUAAACAUCAUCGACGUUAAAGCAGACCUAUUCUGUAAGAUGGACUUUUCAGAGUUUCCCCUCAACAUUUACUCACCCACAAAGUUAUAUUUGGAGUGAUUCGUGCGUGUUUGAGCAAUCUCUAAUCGUUUAUGUUCAAGACGCCAUUUUGUAGAUCAACCCCUGUUUUCACUGCCCACUUUGACGUACUGAUAUCCCUCUCUAAUUUUAUUUAUUUAAUCUGCGAUACACGUAGAAUUCGGUAUUGUCAUGUGUAGCCAUUUUGGUACAGAUGUAAAAAAAAAAAAAAUGCAUGGCCCGCUAGUUUGACGUGCAGCUAUCCACGGGAGGGGCCGACAGCAUGUGACAAAUAGAUGUGAUGACGUUACGAUGACGUCAGCUCCCAUUGGGCUCCGUAGUUUCCCAAUUGGUUGAAAAUGUCCAAAUUAUAACAUAAGCCACAGGUGUCAUUGAUUAUAACUAUGUAGCAGACACAAGCACAAUAUGUCUGCUAUAAGAUCUGACUAAAAAUCAUAGUUUUUUCUAGCUUUUUAAUCUUGGUGAAGCUUAUGAGUUUACUUCCCAGUUGGAUUCCAUAUGGUUACCUAGCAACCAUAAUGAUAACACUAUUUAUGUUUCUACUAAUCAAUAUAUAGGACCUUUAUUUUCUUAACCUCCUGAGACCCGAGCUUUCGCAAGACUUUAUUUGCAAAAUCUAUUAAGUGCCAUUUUUUCUGAGUGUAAAAAAAACGAAAUGAGAAACAAUUGUGCCUCUAGGAACAAUGUGUCUCAUUUGAAGUGCUAUUGACAGGUGCAGGAAGACAUAUGCCUUU